AUGGCUGAUCAAAGCCAGCGGCUACCAACAACACCAGAUACACCAAACGAUAAAGAUGAGAUACACAUUCCAAGAAAUUCAUUCACAGCUUUCAGAUUUAUCUAUGGGGACUCUAAGGAAAUUUCUCGAGUUUCAAACGUUGUUUUGUUAGGUUCAGUGCCCAAGCUGUGGUAUAGAGAACAAAAUUCCAACAUUGUUAAAGCGUGGACAAAGGCGUCAUAUUCCAAAUUUCACAAAACAGUUAAAGACUUUGAACGUGUUCUCAGCUCAGAAGCUAGAGUGGGUUCCUCUGAUAUAUAUAAGGACCAGAAUCUUCGCCGUUAUUUGGUAUUGACAAAUCAAUAUACUGAUGCUACUGACGAAAGUGAUGCCGAAUUUACAGAGGAAAGUGAUAAUGAAUAUAACUUCACAGAUCAAGAUGAUGAUUAUCAGGUCGAAACAAAAGAUCAUACAAAUCUUCCCAAUAAAUCACAUAUAGACUCAAAGAUCAGCUUGAAAGAUGAUAUAAAACCCCAUAAGAUUGUGAGUGAUAAGGCUAAACAACAAAGUAAAAACACUUCAGCUGUUCCUAUAAGGAAUACGGCUGAGAACAUAAGAGGUGCUUGGGGAAAUCCAGAUCUACCGUUAAUUCAUAUCAAUGAAGAUGUAAAUACAUCUCAGUAUCAUCAAAUGCCAAAUUCUUCAAAGCAUUCAUUGAAUAAUGCACAAUCGGCUUCUGAUAGUUUUUUCACAGCAACUGAGAAUUUACCAGCUGGAACCCCAAUAAGGAAUGAAGUUACUAAUGCAUACUCGGUAGAUGAAGGUCCUGGUGAUUUAACCCCAACAAAAGGCUCUACAAGUUCUACAGAUACAUUACUGAAACCUGUCACUCCACAAAGCUAUAGCAUACCUCCACUGACCCAUUCAAAUUCACGCGCCUCAAUAAAUUCAGCUAUAUCUCAGAGGUCUCAACUAUCAGCAAUAGAAAAUCCAAAAGUUAGGUUCACAAAGACAGAGUCAAGAGCUAGUAAAAGAUCAGCAUCCACACAGUUUCUCUCACCACAACCAGAAGAUGAUCCAAUCAUUUUACCUUUAGAUCCAAGACAUGAGAGGGCUUUAGAUAGAAUCAAAGCUGUUGCUACAAAAACAAGACAUCAGAUUAAGAAUGAUAUCAACAAAGUGAAUCAAAAACGAAUUUUUCAUAAAUUACUAAAAAGUUAUAAAAUUGGUGAAAUUUUGAAAAUGGAAAAGAUGUUAGUUUUGGUGAAACAAGUUCACAACACUCAUCACAAAAUAUUUCAAUCAUUCACUGAAGUUGAACCCUGUGAUACACGAAUUUUGGAGAGAUGGAAAGAGUAUGUCGUUGUUGCUAGAACCACAGGUGAUUUUGAUGAACCUUUGUUAAUUCAAUUUUAUACUAAGAGAGAGAUUCCUCAUGAAGAUCAAACUAAACAUUAUGAUGAUGAUCUCGACUUUACAUUAACUAGAUCAUGUCUUGUUAAUUUCUAUAGCUCACUGGACAAAACUAUAGCCAUAGUCAAGAAGGGCAAAAUAUAUGUGUUGAGAUCACAUACACCAACUUCCUCAAUUCGUUGGUUUACAUUUUUAACAGAAACUUUAGGUAAACAAAAUCUUAGGUCAUUGAAAAUUGAUAUUCCGAAGGUCUCAAUAACAAUUAAUGUGAAAAUCACACCACAUUUAUAUGAUAAAUUACUUGAGGAAGAACAAAUGUCUAAUUUCAUAAUCACAACCAAAGAAGAAGGUUAUCAUGCUAAAGAACUCCCUGUUUUUCAAUAUUUGAUAGGUAAAAUUAGAAGUAAAUUGAUUAAGGCUGGAUAUACUGAUGUUGUUAAUAACUGGGACUGUACCGGAUUAGUUUUAGCACUUUGUUGGAGACAUUAUGAUAGACUUGAAUGGGUUUUUGGAGAAUCAUUGAGUAAUUUGUUUUGGCAGCAAUCAAUGAACUCCACACAUGCACUAGAGCUCAGAAUUGCGUCACACUAUCCUUACAGUGUUAAUAAAGAAGAUGGUAUCACAUUAGAAGAACCAUCACCAAUUCAAGGAUUCAUGGCCAGAUUAACAUUGAAAGAUGGGAGACAUCGUGACUACUUAAGAAGACAAGUCUUCAAGUUUUCUUACCUUUAUACAGAGAACAACUUGUUAUUUUUUUGUCGCUCAUAUAAAGCUGUUCCACCAAUCCCAGGAUUUGAGUAUCUGUCGAAAUUGGACUGUUUGACUAAUCCAGGCCAUUUUGAUGAAGUUAGAAAAAGUAUCCCACAAAUUUACAACCAUAACCCAUAUGAGAUUGAUGAGAACAACCAUAUUAAAUGGCUCAAAAAUGAUAUGAAUACUGAAGAGUUUAACAAGCGUGAUCACUAUGCAAAUUACGAAUUUCAAAGAAGAAUUGAAUUACUUUUAAGAGCAGAGUCAGUGAUUGAUUUAUUAGAGGUUGUUGCAAUUCACAAGGUCGAUUCACGUACUAUGCCACUGCAUGUUAGAGCUGCUAGUAAUUUUGCAUGGAAUGAAUCUGCUGAUAUCAAAUCAGAAUCAGAAGAGACCAAAGAUUCUUACCUACAAUUGGUUUUUCAAAAUGGGACUUGCUCAACUUUCAAAGCACCAGAUAGGUUUAUCAGAGAUGAAUGGGUAUCUAGAUUAAAUGCCUUGAUGAAUUACUGGAAAGAACGUAAGAAAGAAGAUACAAAAAGAAUCAAUGUAAUCAAACUAGAAAAUAUGGAAAGGCUCAACACUGAUGAAGGACUGGAAGCUAAUGUUGGUGAAUCAACUCCAAAAUGGGAAAAUUCAAGAGGUGUUGCAGAGCCAACUAUUCACAAUAUAAGCUCAAAUGCCAUGUUUAGACCAGUUGUAAGAAGUGAUAUGCUUUUCCAGAAACCCAAGAAGCAUUCAAGUUUUAAGAAUUAUUAUGUUGUUUUGGUUCCAGGUUUUAUAAUCUUAUAUCGUGUUUUCGUUAGAGGCCUACGUGGGUUACCAUUACCAACCACACAUUAUGAUCAUUACUUGACAAUACCCAUUAUUGAUUGCUACGCGUAUUCUGGUAAUACAAGUGGCAUUGAUCUAUUGGAUAGAGACAGUGGUAUAGAUAAGGUCAAUCAAGGUCGUAAUUCAUUACCAAGAAUCUACCAAGAUGGUUGGUCUUCUUCUGAAGAUGAAGCUUCAAGAUGUUUCACACUUUGGUUUGGUCCCAAAAGAGCAAUUGCUGGGAAGUUGGAUGAAACAACAAAACAUGAUGAUUCAAAUUUAAAUGAUCAUAAUUCCAAAAAUCCAGGUUUAUUGAGAAUGGUUAAUAGGUUGGGUGUUACAGGUAAAAGUAUGGUUUUCAUGUGUAGAUCUAGACAGGAGAGGGAUUUAUGGGUUAGUAAUAUUUACACUGAAGUUGAAAGAUUUUAUAGAAAGGAAGAUGAUUUAAGUGAAUUGUCCAUAAAUAAAUAA